UUCCAGUGUCCAAUCUUGUUGAUAGAGUCAAAGCGGUGAGAUGCUUUUCACUUCCCACGGCAGAUAAGCAGCGACGCCCAGAGACAAAGGUCCAGCAAACGCCUUCAGAGUGAAUAUGUCAGCUUGACUUUGUCCCUUGCUCUGAUAUCAUCAUCCUCCUGUGCUGUCCCAUGUGAAUCAAGGUAAAUCUCACGGCAUAAAUCGAUUCCAAAUGCCGUCACGUCGAUCGCAUACAAAAUCUCAUCAUGGGUGCAAGCAGUGCAAGGCCAGGAGGGUCAAGUGCGAUGAAACGAGUCCGCAAUGUCAACGCUGCGUCAAGCGGCAGAUCACUUGUUCAUUCCUAGUAGAUGGCCCGGAGGGAUUCUCGUCCACUCCCACGAAUCUGAGUCUACAAGAUGCUUCCACACCGAAAAGUCACGAUUAUGCGCCUUCAGAGAUAGACCAGGCGCCUCACGCACCGCCAGCCACAUCCCGACCCCAGUCUGCAAUCAUUGCCGGCAUCGAGAGUCCACAAGACCUGAAUCGCUUCAAUCUCCUGGAUCUCGAGCUUAUCCAAUUUUAUUCGACGCGAACGUACAUCACCAUGUCUUCGAGACUGUCCACGCAUGUGGUAUGGCGAGAUACCGUCUUUGCAGAGGCCUUGCGCCACGACUUCCUCUUGCAUGGCUUGAUGGCUACUGCAGCACUUCACAAGGCGACAACGCAAUCGAAAACAUCUGAUGCAUCUGCCGAAUACUCGAAAGUCGCGCUGGCUCACCAGAACGCCGCCCUCGCCAAUUACAUCCCGGCUGUCACCAAGCCUAACCAAGAAAAUGGCAUUGCCCUAUUUUGUCUAUCAUUGUUCUUGACUAUCUGGGCUUUUGCGUCCAAGCGACUUCCCGAGGGGUUGAACAGCGUGAAGAUUGAUUUCGGUCAAAGUGAAUCCCCCGGCAUCACACUCCCACCUCAUUCGCCAACACUGGAGUUUGUCGAGAUUAUAAUGAUCCUUAGAGGUAUAUAUGCGGUGAUCGGAGAAACAAAUCCAUGGCUACAGGGCGAGAUCGAAGAGCUACUGCGCUUCCCUACAUCUCCAGACCUACCACCCCAUUCGGCCGAGGUCAUCGAAGCUUUUGACUUGCUUGCCCAAGCUCCGAUAGAUCCCCAGGUGAUGCCCGCCAAGGACGAAGAUGAGGCAUCUGCAACCAUGAACACACUUUUCCACCAGCGAUUAGACCAUCUGCGAGACGUUUCGCGGUGUCGUUCGGUUGUGGAGUGGGAUGGCCACAUAUUCUCAUGGUUCAUAAUGGCGCCCACCACCUAUAUCCAGUGUCUGAAGAGAGCCAACCCUUUGGCUUUGAUCUUGUUCGCACACUGGGCUGCCAUGUUUCGCUGCAUGGAUCAUCAUUGGUGGGCACAGGGAUGGGCAUACAGCCUGGUGGUCGAUAUUUCCGAUCUUCUUGAUCCUCACUGGGCUCGAUAUCUGGAUUGGCCUAGAAGACAGAUUGGCCUUGUCUUCCAAGAUAACAACCAUUUUGAAGGGCGAAGAUAGCUUGCAAGUUGGCUCUGACCUCAGGUCCGGCAAUGGUUUCGCAAAACUAGGAGAAGAUUUCUAAUGUCAAUGCCGACACCCGUGGUCUGCCUACGAGGGAGUGGCAUUUUCCAAUCGUUCUGGGAGUGGCGCAGUCGCUCUUGCUCCAGAUCAGAAGCAUCGCGCUUGCACCAUU